CUUACUAGUCGUCACUUGGACUACUACUGGUACAGUCGCAUCCCGGUCUCCCAGAAUCCGGCGCCCCUACCACAAAUUCGAUUCACCCCCCAAUCGCUGGCGCCUUUGACUCCCGCCGCGGGCGGCGCAGCGCAGCCGAUGGGGAUCCCCGCCGCCUCAGUCGCGGCCCGGACAGCCGUCGGCGCGGCGCUGGCCGCCGUCAUCGCCGCGCGCGCCGUCCGCCGCCGCUCGCUGGACGGCUCCGGCGGGGCAGCCGGGUUCGUCGUCAUGGCGAUCCACCUCGCCUGCGGGUACAGGUACGGCGCGCUCGUGCUGGCCUUCUUCUUCACCUCGUCCAAGGCGACCAAGAUCGGCGCGGACAGGAAGCGCCGCAUCGAGGACGACUUCAAGGAGGGCGGCCAGCGCAACUGGAUCCAAGUCCUAGCAAAUAGCUUAAUAGCUACUAUAUUGGUCAUCAUAUUGGCAACAAUGACCGGAGGACAAGAUCAAUGCCUGGACUCCCAUGAGUCAAAGGUUAUAACUGGUAUUAUUGGUGGCAUCAUUGGUCACUAUUGCUGCUGCAAUGGAGAUACUUGGUCAUCCGAACUUGGUGUGCUUAGUGAUGAACAGCCACGUCUUAUUACUACUCUGAAGCCUGUCAGGAAAGGUACAAACGGUGGAGUGACCUUACAAGGCCUUCUUGCUGCCACAGCAGGUGGCCUAAUCAUAGGUCUGACUUUUGUUUUUGUUGGACUGUUGACUGUGGAGUGCUCAUUUGACGUGGCUCUUCGACAGCUUCUAGUAAUACCCAUCUCUGCUACUGCUGGUUUGCUUGGCAGUCUGAUUGAUUCAGUGUUGGGUGCCACACUCCAGUUCAGUGGAUACUGCAGUGUUCGGAAGAAGGUGGUCAGUAAACGGGGCCCUACAGUCACCAAGAUUUCUGGAAUGACUAUCCUGGAUAAUGAUGCGGUUAAUGCUGUAUCUGUGCUACUAACAACUGCGGUUACAGCUUAUGCGUGCAUUCGCAUCUUUUGAAGAUCUUUUUACUCAAGUUUCUUCCAAACACCCAAUUCCAUUCAAAGGUGUCAAGGCAUGGCCCCAAGACAAUGAAAUGAUGGAUUAGGCAUUUUGGCUGCUUGAUGAGAAAGAUUCAAUUCACUCAACGUUGUUCACUACUCCAAGAAAAACAUUGUUUGGUUGGUUGGUGCUACCGCAAGCUGAAAAGUGUCAGUUGUCUAAGCAUAUACAGUUACCCUACUUAAUGUGAAAGUGAUAAGCUGGAUAGUCCUGACUCCUGAACCCUAUUUUCUGCUGAGCUAAGGAUUGUGGACUUUCGUCGUGUGGAUGAUGGCUGUUGUUAUUUCUGUACUGACCUAAGGAUUUGUUGACUUAGCUGUGUGAGUUUUUCCAUACAAAGCUGUUUGGGACAAAGGAAAGCUGCUGCUGAUUUCCUUUGGAAAUGGUGCAAAUCCUCCAUUUUAAUGAGAAAUAAAGCAUCCAGUGUCUAUGUGUCUCUCCUA